GGGCAAUGCACCAAUCCCAUGGCAACCCCUGAAAAUGGUCGUGUCAUCAAAAUGAGGAGCAGAAUCGAUAAAAACGCAGACCGUCCUUUGUCCCCGACCACCACCACGACCCCGCCGCCGCGCGCGCUGCGCCUUUCUUCUCCUUCCUCUUUUCCUACCAGGCCACGCGCCUUUCUUCACGUUCACGCUCUCUUACGCCCCCUCGUGCUGCGCACGCAUUCCUUUGACGCCCGAUAGCGCGAUACUCGAGUAGUAUCGGCCCUUUCACGCUCUUGUCAACCAACCUAUACGAUCGAGCGUACCCAUCCACACUUCCACGAACCUCACGCAAGAUGUUGCCUCCUCGCGCAUACCUCUUCAUUGGCCUGAACAUCGUCCGGACCCUCAGCAUCAUCGCGCUGCUGCUGGUCUUUGCGAGCAACAUCGAGACCCUCGUCCAUGACAUCGAGGCCGUCAACCGCUUCACCGCCGCCGGCAAGGCCGCCGAUGACUCGGACAGCAGCUCCAUGAACUCGACAAUGACGGACUAUCUGAACGGGGACUACAUCGAAGGGAGCACCGUUCCCAACCAGGCUGCUGGCAUCUUCUGGGCGGUGCUCAACCGGCUCUUCAUCCUCUUCCAGGUCAUCGUUCUCCUCCUCUCCGAGCUCGGUUGGCCCAUGGCCUUCUUCAACCGCUUCUUCCCUAUCCUGGGCGACGACUUCGGCCUCGGAGCGCUGGGUGUCAUACAGUGUCUCCUCGGCGCCUCCAUCCUCUCGCACCACAUCGACGACUUCACGCUCGUUUCCGCCUUCUUCCUCUUCUCCAUCGGCAUCCUCAACAUCCUCGCCGGCCUUAUCUUCCGCGCGGGCGCCAAGUCGAAGCGCUCCAUCUUCUGCUGGCGCGAGCACGCCAAGGCCUCGCUCCCCACGCACGUCGGGCCCGUCGACGUCUCGAACAUCAAGCCGCCGUCCUUCGUCGCGAACGCGUGGGCGGAGAAGAGCAACGCGUGGGCGGGCAAGUUCGGUGGCGAGACGGGCAAGUACGGUGGCGAGAAGGGCUACGGCGCGAGCUCGCUCGGGGAGAAGACCAGGGCGGGCCCGAACACCUACACCACCUUCGAGAAGCCGACCCAGCAGCCCGACCCGGCCUCGAAGGCGGGCUUCGGCUUCGGCCGCCAGGGCGAGAAGGCGGCGGGCCUCAAGGGCUACCUCAUCACGAAGCCGAUGGAGACGCUCCCGCGGUACGCGGCCAAGCUCAACGCGGCGAGCAAGUAGAGGGGCGCGCUAGACGCCACCCCUCCGCUACAUAUCGCCUUCGUCGAUAUGGAGUGUCCGCGACCGACAACGACCACACGCCAUCAACACUGAAGACAAGAAGACACACGCCACACACCGAGGACUCGCCACUCACAUAGAGGGAACGGAGUAUACGCAUUUCUGACGGGUAUUAUGGACAAGACUACGCUAUCACGGGCAUCUCUCCUGGCCUGGGAGACUACAUAAUAUGGAUGGACCUGCUACGCGGGCCUCGUCUGGGGAACCCGCUGCGCGGGCUCCCUGUUGUAUUACCUACUUACGACUACGAAUCUGUGUAGCAUAUGACUUACCGUCGCCGGUGCAAUGGAACUGACUUGCACCACUGCUC